GUAACAACGUCGUGUCUUUUCAAUUAUGAAUUAACAGGCAACAGAUAACUUAAUAUAGGGAGCAUGAAGCCGUCGAAAACGGCAAACGUGGAGUAAAUGAGAAGUACAUAUAAAAUGUUUCUAGGUACUUUUAUACGAAUUAAACUUGCUGGCUACUCUCUGCAACUAAACGUCUGACUGCAGUGCUGCCCCACCCAUUAACAGAUUGCCCCGCCCUUGGCAGAGUAGUACCUGUCCAGUUUGCCGGCUCAGUCAGUGAAGGAGCUGAAUUUGGCAAAGUCGGAGUGUGACAUUUCUCCCUGUGCUACGAGGGGGAGAGAGAGGGAAGCUCCCUUCCUGCGCACACCUGAGUCAGCCAUAGAGAGACGUGCAGCCAAGCUCUGCAUAUAAGGUGAGAUACCCUGCUGACACUGGAAUACUGCACAUCUGGCACAGCCUCAGCUUCCUGGCACAACAUUUAUUGCUACUUUCUGUGUCUCCUGCCAUUUGCUGCCACUUCCAUCUCUUGCAAUGAGGUCUUAUAUUGCAGUGUCCUUGAGUUAUAUCAGCCUCUUGUGUGUUCAGCAUCUGCCAGGCUCUGCACCUCUGCCCUCUGCUCGCCUGCUUCUGCUCCCUGCACCCAGGGAGCCCCCUGACAGGGAAAAACGGCACAAGGAAGGGCCCCUGAUAGAGUUGUCACUCUUCACUCCAUCAGUAGCUGAGACAAAGCUGCUUAAUCUGGGAACCUUGAGGAGGAAGAAGAGGCGGGUUCGUCGUUCUCAUGGACCUCGCCUUAUGCGUGUGGGCUGUUCCCUGGGGACUUGCCAAGUACAGAUCCUUAAUCACCGACUUUGGCAGUUGAUGGGACAAUCGGGAAAAGAGGAUUCACCAAUUGAACUCAGCAACCCACACAGUUAUGGCUGAUCCAUUUGGGUGAAGGCACCAAAGACCACAUCAUACGUAAUAUAAGAACAGCAUCCAGUUCUUGUUCACCAGACAGUGUGAAAUACUCAUAAGUUAUAGUAAAUAGACAGCAUAAAA